GGGGGGAGGGAGGAUGGGGCGGAAGGCGGAAAGUUGGGUUGGUAAUGGCUGACUAUCGAGAAAGGAGGGGAGGAGAAGGGAGGCGUGAAUGCAUGAGUGCGGCGGUGAGGCAGUGAGGCAGUGAAGUUGCGAGGGUGGGCCUCUGUAGCAUACCUAUUUCAUUUUACUCUUGGGUGGCUUCGAUUCUUUCUUUCUUUGAUCUUUUCAAUUUCUCUCCCCCCCUUUCUACCAUUACGGGGGCCGUUGGUUGGUAUAUGGCUGGCAUGUUUCGAAUUUGUGUGUAUACACCGACGAAUGCCCGUUGGCAACAUCAGUCUGAGUACCCUAUGUGUGACAUCUUUUUUUCCUUAUACUCUUUUCUUGGCUUGGUUCUUCUAUCAUAUCAUACCUGCUCUGAUUCCACUACCCCCCUCCCCCCUCCAUCCCCCUCGGUUCUUGCGGAUACCCGUUCGUUGCUUGCACUGCUGCUUAAUGGGAAUGCAGUCUGUCUUCUCCUUUUGCUCAUUUUCUUCCUUUUCUCCUUUUUCCUUUGUCUCCAUGUCUGUUUCCUUGCUUCUUUGUCAAUGGGUUGGGUUGGUAUUGUCGUUUUUUUUUACCCCGGCCCUACAUAUCAUAUCAUAUCUAAUGUGGUAUGUCUUGUUCUUCUUGUUCUUUCUCCCUUGUACGAGAUCCAUCUUGUGCGUGCCUGUGUGUGUUGAGUGAAGGGGGUGAGUGACUAUGGAUGGAUGGAUGGAUGUCGUUUUAAUAGCUCUGAGCUCUGUGUUUUUCCUUAUACCCUUCUUACUCUCGAAGUACUCAUUUACUCUCGGUUCUUCCCGCCCACCUUCCCGCCCUCGCUACCUAUUACUCCUAUCAUACCUACAAAUACUCUUCUCAUAUCGAUAUACUUAUAUCUUACACCAAAAGUACCUUUUAUGUACUUAUUUACCAUACUACGUCUUACCUUACCUUACCUUACAUUACCUAACCUUACUCUGCUACUUACUUAAGCCUUUCCUUUGUCAUUUUGUUUUUUGCUUUGGAGGGUGUAGGUGGAAUUGAAUGUUGAAAGUUGUUGUCCGAGUGGACCGGACCGAUUUGGUUGGUUGGUGAAUGGGGAAUCUGAUACUCAAUCCGGCCGCUGAACGUCUUUUGCAAGAGAAGAUGAAGAAGAA